AUGGGUUUAAACGUGGCAAUAUGUUUGGAUGUACAUGAGUUAAUAGUUUUGGGAGAUUCUGACUUACUCAUUAGACAGGCUCAGGGUGAAUGGGAAACUCGAGACAUUAAGCUCAUUCUAUACAAAUAUUGUUUGGAGGACCUUAGCAAAAGGUUCAAGUCAAUCGAGUUCAGAUACAUUCCAAUAUUUCAUAAUGAGAUGGCUAAUGCUCUGGCCACCUUAGCCUUAAUGCUUCCAUACCCAGGAAAUGCUUACAUUGACCCGUUGGAAAUUCAUAUUAGGGAUCAACACGUUUAUUGCAAUACAAUCGAAUUAGAUCCAGAUAGUGAGCCAUGGUAUCAUGAUAUCAAAAGAUUCCUAAAAAUAAAAGAAUAUCCAAUAAGUGUCGAUAGAGACCAAAAGAGAACUAUUAGGCGACUUGCCAAUGGUUUCUUUUUGAGUGGGGAGAUCUUAUACAAAAAGACCCCAGAUUUGAUGUGUGAAUACCCGAGAAGCUGA